AAUGGGUCGACCAGGGCAUUCAGGCUGGUGUCGCUGCUGCUAAUGAUGAUGGUGAUUCGUGGACAGGAACGUGUGGUGGCCCUGGUCGAUAUGGACUGUUUCUAUGUCCAAGUGGAACAGAAGAACAACCCCGAGCUGAGGGGCAAGCCGUGUGCUGUGGUCCAGUACAAGACCUGGCAGGGAGGAGGUAUUAUUGCUGUCAGCUAUGAGGCGCGAGCAUAUGGGGUGACCAGAGGAAUGCGAGGUCAGGAAGCAAAGAAGAAAUGUCCACAGCUUCAGUUCGCUCGAAUCCCUGAGGCUCGAGGCAAGGCAGAUCUCAGCAAGUACCGAGAAGCCAGUGUACAGGUGCUCUCAGUGAUGUCCCGUUUUGCAGUGAUCGAACGGGCCAGUAUCGACGAGGUCUUUGUAGAUCUGACAGCUGCUGCUCACCAGCGAUGCUGCAAAUUGGAGGGCCAGAGGAUUGAUGGCAGGCUCCUGGAAACCACCUUUGUGGAGGGAUUCUCCCCCUACAAUCAGGCAGAGCAACCAGGAGACCCAGCUGUACAGAGAGAGAAAGCUCGCCGAGCGGGGCUAGACUCCUGGCUGGACUCCCUCCCCCUCACUAGCCAAGACGGAGAGUGUCCUGAGCUGCUCCUGACAGUGGGGGCACUGAUCAUUGAGGAAAUGCGGGCAGCAGUGGAACAGGAGACCGGAUACACAUGUUCAGCUGGAGUUUCACACAACAAGGUGUUGGCGAAGCUGAGCUGUGGUUUGAACAAACCAAACCGUCAGACGGUGCUGCCAAUGUGCUCUGUACCACGACUCUUCGACACUCUGCCCAUUGGCAAAAUCCGCAAUCUUGGUGGGAAGUUGGGAGAAUCAGUGGCUCGUCUCCUGAACAUUGAGUACAUGGGGCAGCUGCGAGCAUUCCCAGAGUCUCAGCUCCACAGCAUGUUCGGGGAGAAAACUGGGAAGUGGCUGUUUGACCUGUGCCGGGGAGUGGAGUUUGAACCCGUCAGACCCCGACACCUCCCCAAAUCCAUCGGCUGCAGCAAGAACUUCCUGGGGACAGAGGCACUGAGCAGUUGUGAGCAGGUGAAACACUGGCUCCUGCAAUUGGCCACUGAGCUGGAGGAGAGACUGGACAAAGACAAGGAGCAGAACCAGCGGGUGGGAAGACUGCUGUCUGUGGGAGUUCGACUGGAGGGCAAUAACAGAAGCAGCAGUUUGUCACGGUGCUGCGCUCUGCCCCUGUACAAGGCGGACAGGAUCACAAAGGAUGCUUUCAGCUUAAUCCAAGGACUCAACUCAGCAGCAAGGCAUCAGGCAGCAUGGUUCCCAGCUGUCACCGGCCUCUCUCUGUCUGUCAGUAAAUUCUCGGGACUCUCUGUGACCUCGACCAAACCCAUUGAGCAGUUUCUGAGCUCCGACCACAGGCAGACAGAGACAAACACUUCCCUGUUAUCACUGCACCAAGCAGGCAGCCCCCCCCAAUGUCCACACAAAGACACAGCAGCUUCAAGCAGGCCCGCUCUCCGUAACAUCGCUUCAUACUUCCAGAGGGUGAGGAAGCUUCCAGAAUCUUCCACAAACCCUGACACAGCCUCUCUGCCUGUGACCCCCUCAGUGAAGGCUCACAGUCAUCAGGUGUCACCUCAGAGAAACUUUCCAUCAAAACCAUCCUUUUUCAAAAGCAGAUUUUUCAAAACCAGCCCUGAUGCCCCGAGAAGCCCCCUCCCCCUGCCCCUCAGUGAUGCCCCAGGAAGCCCCCUUCCCCUCCCUGAGCCUCUGGGACCUCCCAUGGAGAUUGCCCAGAGCCCACUGUCAGUUGGGAGGCCGUGUGAGAGGCCCCCAUCCCCAGUUUCCCUGUUGCGGUGCCUGAAAUGUGGUGAGUACAAGCUGCCCUGGGAGAUGCCUGAACACGAGGACUUCCACUUUGCCCUUGAGCUGCAGAAGAGCCUGUCAGCAACUCCCUCGGCCCAGAGCACUGCCCACCCCACCACUACCCCGAAAAACAAAGCUGCCAGGCAGCUUGGCUCCCGAGCUAAAAAACCCCGGCUCAGCCAGAGCCUACUCACCUACUUCCAAAAAUCCCCACGGUCGUGAAAUCAGCCGCGGGGUGGGGGCUGGGGUGUGGGGGUGAGGGAGGGGUGGGGAGAGACGGACUUCACUGCCUCUUCAUGGACUGAGAGAGCACUAGCUGAACCAGUUUUUAACGCAGUCUUUUAAAAAACUGACUUUUGUAUUUAUAUAUGUAAUAUUAAAUGUAGAUUGUAAAGACAGACUUUCACAAUAUCCCAAAUAUUACUGAGCUGUUUUAUUGGUCCUUUCUUUCUGCUGGGGUUGUGCUGAUUGGGAGUGUGUGUCUUUGUGGUGUCUGUCAGUGUCUAUAAAUGUACUGUCUUGUGGAUUACAGGCUAGGCCAGUCUCUGUUAUCCUGCCCUCAUUCCUGUUGAAAAGCUGCUGGGAGCUCAAUGAGAUCCUCAUGUAGGAUGUGUGUGAUUGUGAAGUACACACUGAAACUGAUUUAGCCACGUCCAAGGAGUUAAUGUUGUCAGUGCAGACUUCAUCCUGCAGCACAUCUACUGACUGCAUCAGGAUCUGCAUUACCUGCUGGUCUCAUACCACAGCUUCCAUGCUCACACAAGAGGAACAAUAGGGAAAGCUGAUGUUUCUAUGGGACUUGGAGCUGAAUAAUUCCACCUCUUUGAAAUGACCGAGAAAUAUUUGCAUUUCACAAGAUAAAAAGGACGCUUUAAUUGUGUAUUUUCAAAAUGUCAGCCUCCAGCUCCUCUCCUCAUCAAUGGGUUUUAAUGGCAGGAUAAUUGUUAUUUGCUCACUAUUACUGAGGCCAGCUUUUUAAUUGCACUCAUUUUAUUUCCUGAUCACCUCUAGAUGAUUAGGUUUCUAACAGUGUCCUUCAGGUCAGAUUCAAUGUUCAAGGUUCAAAACUAGAGAUCCUGUUGGGGGUUGGUGGGUUUCAAAUAAGCUGCCAAAUGAAUUUCUUUUAGUGUCACAUGUAUUUAGGAAAAUACUGUGGGGGAAAAAAAUGUUUUAAUGCCAUUUUGUAUUACAAAAUGAAUAAAAAGAAAUUAUUUAAAUAGA